AUGGCCACCGCCCGGACAUUUAUUAAUGUGGAAGUAGGUACUUUAACCUUAAGAGUGCAAGGAGAGUCAGUUGUAUUCAAACUCUUUGAAGCUAUCAAGCGUCCUUUCGAACUUGAAGAGUGUUUUCGUGUUGAUCUUUUGGAUGGGAUUGUGCAUGCAAACUUUGCCUCACGAUCAUCUAACGAUGAGCUGUUAACUUGCCUCACCAACCAUGAUGCUACUUUAUCUAUGGAAGAAAAUGUGGUGGACGUCAUUGCUGCAUUUGAUAGUGCACCAAUUCAUAAUCUAAAGUGGCGACAUGUUUAUGAAAGCCUUGGAGUGCCUAAGCAGCCCCUUCUUCCUUCAAGUGAGCAAGCUCCAAAGUUAAAGCUCAAGCUACUACCGAGCCACCUCAAGUAUGCUCAUCUCGGGGUGAACGAGACCUUGCCUGUUAUUAUUGUUGCUGAUCUUAAUGACACGGAGGAAGACAAAUUACUAAGAGUUCUUCGCAAGUAUCAAGAUGCUCUGGGGUGGACACUUGCUAACAUAAAGGGCAUUAGUCCAGCUUUGUGCAUGCAUAGGAUUUUUAUGAAGGCUGGGACUAAACCAACUAUUGAAGCUCAAAGACGUCUAAAUCCGAUCAUGAAGGAAGUUGUAAGAGUUAAGGUGAUGAAGUUACUUGAUGCAGGUAUCAUUUAUCCAAUCUCGAAUAGCAAAUGGGUGAGCCCGACUCAAGUGGUUCCAAAGAAAACUGGUAUUACUGUGGUGAAGAAUAAUAACAACGAGCUUGUGCCUACAGGGAUGACCACCGGAUGGCGAAUAUGUGUUGACUAUAGAAAGCCCAAUAACAGCACUCGAAAUGAUCAUUUUCCACUGCCAUUCAUUGAUCAGAUGCUCGAGAGACUAGCUGGUCAUUCUUUCUAUUGUUUCUUAGAUGGUUAUUCAGGGUACAACCAAAUUCUAAUUACCCCUGAGGAUCAAGAGAAGACAACGUUUACAUGGCCUUUUGGUACAUUUGCAUACAGACGAAUGCCAUUUGGAUUGGAGACUAAUCUUGUGUUAAAUUGGGAGAAAUGUCAUUUUAUGGUUAAGCAUGGCAUUGUGCUAGGACAUCUAAUUUCAAGCAAAGGAAUAGAGGUCGACAAGGCAAAGAUUGAGGUGAUCGCCAAAUUACCACCACCAACUUCUGUGAAGAAUAUGAGAUCUUUCUUGGGACAUGCUGAUUGUCAUGAUCCUUUCAACAAAUUGAAGGAUCUUCUCUCAUCAGCCCCAAUUAUAACAGCUCCAGAUUGGACCCUUCCUUUUGAGCUCAUGUGCGAUGCUUCCGAUUACAUUGUGGGUGCAAUCCUUGGUCAGCGACGUGACAAGCUCCCCCAUGUUAUAUAUUAUGCCAGCCGCACUUUGAAUGAUGCUCAGCUGAAUUAUGCCACUACAGAAAAAGAAUUACUUGCAGUGUUUGAUUUGGAGAUCCUAGAUAAAAAGGGAUGUGAGAAUGUUAUGGUGGAUCAUCUCUCAAGAUUAGUAAAUGCAAGCACUGAUGAGGCAGAUUCAUUGCCCCUGCAAAAGAACUUUCCAGACGAGCAACUUCUAGCGGUUACUCAUCAAGUACCAUGGUAUGCUGACAUCACAAAUUAUUUGGCAUCUGGAGAAAUACCAUCAGAGUUCAGUUAUCAACAAAGGAAGAAGUUCCUCUCCACUGCUUGUGAUAAGUGCCAAAGAGUUGGCAAUCUUUCUCAAAGAAAUGAGUUGCCCCAACAAAGUAUUUUGGUGAUUGAACUAUUUGAUGUCUGGGGUAUAAACUUCAUGGGACCUUUCCCUUUUUCACAUGGAAAUCUCUACAUCUUGGUGGCGGUUGAUUAUGUCUCUAAGAGGGUAGAGGCAAUAGCUUCUCUAACAUGCAAAAGUUCUGUGGUGUUAGGUUUCUUGCAGAAUACUAUUUUUCCCCGAUUUGGAGUACCUCGUGCUAUCAUCAGUGACGAAGGUACGCAUUUCUUAAACCGCACCAUGGCUGCCCUUUGUGCUAAGUAUCAUAUUCACCAUCACAUAGCCACCCCAUACCAUCCACAGACAUUUGGACAAGUUGAAGUAUCUAAUCAUGAGCUCAAGAGGAUUCUUGAGAAAACUGUCAGUUCAUCUCGAAAGGAUUGGAGUUUAAAGCUUACUGAUGCUUUAUGGGCAUAUAGGACAGCUUAUAAGACACUAAUUGGGAUGUCUCCUUUUCGUUUGGUGUAUGGGAAAGCUUGUCAUCUGCGUAUGGAACUUGAGCACAAGGCAUAUUGGGCUAUUAAGCACCUCAAUUUUGACUACCAGGCAACUGGAGAGAAACGGAAGCUGCAAUUGAAUGAACUAGAAGAAAUAAGGAAUGAUGCUUAUAAGAAUGCAAAGAUUUACAAGGAUAAGACCAAGAAAUUUCAUGAUGCUCACAUCCUUCGUAAAGAGUUUCAACUGGGUCAGAAGGUUUUGCUUUUUAAUUCGAGACUGAAACUAUUCCCAGGAAAACUCAAAUCACGUUGGAAUGGUCCAUAUCGUGUUGUACAGGUCCAUCUUCAUGGGGCUGUGGAUAUCCAAAACAUGCAAACUGGUUUUGUCUUCAAAGUUAAUGGACAUCGCUUAAAGUUAUACAAGGAGUCUCCAUAUGAUCUUGCUAAGGAUUCCAUCACUUUGAAGGAACCUGUUAUUUGA